AUCUUGCUGCGACCCCUGGAAGUAACCUAAUAAUUAGAAUUCCCUUUAGGAUUCCUAAUGUGGUUGGAUGCACUGAUGGCACACAUAUUCCCAUUAUUGCACCUUCCGAAAAUGAAGCUGACUAUGUCAACAGGAGGUCCAUCCACAGUAUUAAUGUGCAGAUCAUAUCUGAUGCUGCACAUAUCAUCACAAAUGUGGAGGCCAAGUGGCCCGGCUCUGUUAAUGACUCACGAAUGUAUCGUGAGUCAACCCUGAGCAACAGGCUGGAAAGGGGAGAGAUUGAUGGCUUUCUGCUGGGAGAUAGGGGUUACCCAUGCCGACCAACACUAAUUACCCCUUACCCAGAACCUGAACCAGGCCCUCAGCAGCGCUUCAAUGUGGCACACUGCAGGACGAGAGCCCGGGUGGAGAUGACCUUAGGCCUGUUGAAAGCACGUUUCCAGUGCCUACAUCACCUCAGGGUAACUCCUGAAAGGGCCUGCGACAUUAUUGUGGCAUGUGUUGUUCUCCAUAAUAUUGCCAUAAUUAGAGGAGAGCAACACCCUGGCCUACAAAUACAAGACCCCGAGGAAGACCCCAUCAACCCUGCAGAUUUCCAGGAUGGAAGGGUAGUCCGAGAUAUGAUAUGCCGCAAUGUCUUCUCAGAUUAAUACACAUG